GUCAAUAUUAGCCCGAGUGGCAACAUCUCUCUCGUUCAACGCUAUACAACACUAUGUCGGAAGAGGGAAAGAGGGUUCACCGCAAAUCAUUCUAUCCGCUUGAGUCACACCCGGAGGUGUUCACCGAAGUGACCCACGGGCUGGGUGUGUCCUCGUCGCUCGUCUGGGCGGACGUGCUGUCCAUCGACGAGCCCGAGAUCCUCGCGAUGACACCACGGCCCGCGUUCGCGCUCGUGCUGGUGUUCCCCACCACGCCCACGUACCAGAGCCAGAAGAAGGAAGACGAGGCGGGAAGAGAGGCGUACACUGGCAAGGGCGAGGAUGAGCCAAUCGUCUGGUGGAAGCAGACGAUCUACAAUGCUUGUGGGCUUUAUGGCAUCCUGCACUCUAUCUGCAACGGGCCUGCGAGACAGCAUAUCCAAUCGAGCUCUGUCAUGGCAGGCCUUCUCGAGAAGGCCAUUCCUCUGGGGCCGACUGAUCGCGCUCUCGUCCUCGAAGGCUCGCCGGAGCUCGAGAAGAUCCACACUACUGCGGCGAUGAAAGGCGACACCGCGCCGCCGGAGCACGCGGACGACGAAGUGGAGCACCACUACAUCGCCUUCGUGACGUCGAGCAAGACCGGGAACCUGUACCUUCUCGACGGCGAUCGCAAGGGUCCGAUUGACCUUGGCGUGAAGCUGCAGGAGGGAGGAGACAUGCUGAGCGGGCCUGCACUGGAGGCCGUGCGCACGUACCUCCACAGAGAGGAUAACGUGGGUUUCAGUCUGUUGGCGUUGGUGCAGGAGGGGAAGUAGACUCGCUACUCGGACUGAUUGUACAAGGAGACUGUAUGCCGUCGACAUGUUGAUUGUAAAGUACUGGAAAGUUCAAGACAGAGCUGCUCGGUGAAUAAAGCCAAAGAUCUUUCAC